AUGGCGUAUCAAUUAGGAGGUUCUUCUGGUGCUAACCGUAAUGGUCUCGAUGGAGAGAUACGCACGACAAAGGAAAAGAGCUUCACAUGUAAAUUUUGCAAGCGAAAAUUCUCUACCACACAAGCUUUGGGAGGACACCAGAACGCGCAUAAAAAAGAGCGUUCCCUCGAAAAAUUUCGUCAACAACUUGAUGCUAGUUGUUUCAGGCUUUCGCACUUUCCUUCGUAUUCGUCUUAUCCAACUCUUCAUACAGGUUUAUACAACUCACAUAUGGAUGACUCAUUAAAUCACAAGCUUUCUAAUUCAUGGACGACCUCAACUGGAUUUCGAUUCGAUCAACACUCACCAUAUUUCAAUGCGAUGGGAAAUAUAAGAAGUCAUCAUGCAAUUCCAAGGACUUAUCUUAAUGAAACACUUGCGCUUUUCCCAAAUGUUACCCCUAAUGUAGCAAGGCAAGUUAUGAACACGACAAGCACUUCAAGGUUAGGGAAUUGUGAUGAAACUCUUGUGCUUUUUCCAAAUCUUACCACCAAUGUAGCAAGUCAAGUUAUGAACACGACAAGCACUUCAAGGUUAGGGAAUCGUGAUGAAACUCUUGCGUUUUACCCAAAUCUUACCACCAAUGUAGCAAGUCAAGUUAUGAACACGGCAAACACUUCAAGGUUAGGGAAUCGUGAUGAAACUCUUGCACUUUUCUCAAAUCUUACCACCAAUUUUGACGUGCCAACAACCAGGGCGAGGAAUUUUCUCAAUGAUGUCAAUAUCGGAUACUCUGGUUCCAACCUAAAAGAAGAAACUGAUAUUGAUUUGUCACUUGGAUACUCUCUUUUCAACAUAAAAGAAGAAGCUUCUGACAUAGAUUUGUCACUCAGUAUUGGUUACUCUGAUUCCAAGAUAAAAGAAGAAGCUUCUGACAUAGAUUUGUCACUUACGCUUGGUUUUAGUUCAUGA